AUGUCUGCACCCAGCUUACUGCCACAAGCCAUCGUCAUGUCGCGUAACUUUGUGGCUAUGCCACCUGCAACCAGGAUCAGCAAGCGCUGCCCAUGGACACCGGAAGAAGAACGACUGCUCGUGGAAGCCGUGACCAAAGGUGAGCGCUUGUGGCUCCGCAUAGCAUGGCCAACUUUGCAGGUUUUUUCUGAGUUUCAAUCUCUUUCCCGUGCCUCGGCUGCGCACAGAGACGCCAGGCUGCAUCGACUGGCACAGAGUCGCUUCUGCUCUGCCACCCAAUCGCAACAACAAAGACGCCAGAAAGCGCUGGGUGUGCAUGAGAGACCGCGCAACGUCGAGCAGCGGCGCUUGGACCGACGAAGAAGAUGAGCGCUUGCGUCACGCCAUUGCCAAAAAUGGUCCUCAGUGGAUGCAAGUAGCUAAAGAAGUUCGCACUCGCAAUAGCGAACGUGAGUUCUGAAUGCGUCGACGGUCGCCGUACUUCCUUUUUUGACCUUUCGAUGGUGCUCUUUUGGUCCAUCAGAAUGCUCCAAGCGAUGGCAUGACGUUCUUGACCCUACGAUCUGCCGCAGCCCAUGGACACCUGAAGAGGACGAGCGUCUGCUCAAUCUAGUACGCGCCGUCGGUCGGCACUGGUCACGGAUUGCUCACGAGCAUUUCGGGCGCCGUACAGGUCUCAGCUUGAAAAACAGGUCAGUAGGAUGAGGCCGUCCAUCACACCCACGAUGUCCACGCUGACCUGUCUCACAUCGCGCGCAGGUACAUGUAUCUCGUUCGCGUGCGCGCCCGCCAAGCGAUGGAGUCAAGGCAAUCUUCAGCAGGCGACAACGAGAUGACAACCAAUGACAUGUACGCCCGUCGAGGCUCAGAGAGCGUAGUCCGCAUCAGCCAGGUUGGAUCGAAUCGUCGACACACCAUCUCCAACGCUACAUCUCCCGUCAAGACCUCUUUCGACCACAGCGAGAUCGAGGUUCCAUCGCAGUCCCCCUACUUUAGCUUCCAAAAUGGCCGCAUGCAGUCGCACAUCGACCACCCACAGGCUCACAGGCCAGUGCCGCAGCACGCCUUUUCGAGCUGGUUGGCCGGCGAAACCCCUCACCGCGGACACGAACAAGCGGUGUACGACGAUCGGUCGAUUAGUCCGCAAUGGGUCACUGCGCCGAUGCAGCAGCACAACACGCAAGGCUCGUCCUCGUGCUCCAACUCCCCGCAGACAAGUUAUGCGUCAUGGCAGACCUUGACUCCGGCGUCUAGCACAGAAGUCUCGCCGCAUUACCAAACUUCGCCGUGCGGUGGGCUGGACCAAGGCGCUGGUGUUUCACCGAUGGAGAGCGUCGGAAGCUACUACUGCCAGCCUAGGACAUUGCUCAGCUCUCCCUCGGAGCCUCGCAAUUCUUUUGGAGCCUAUGCUGCGAAUUACAGCGCAUUUGACGAAGCUGAGGGCACUGCCGGACUGAUUGGACCGACACGUCACAAUCGCGCCCACACCAUUUCGGCACUUGUGCACAAUGGCCCCGCUUUACCCUUGAUUCACCACACGAGCCCAAUGCGCCACACCAUGAGCGGCGCACCUCGUCCUCACUUGAACCCUUACAUGACACGCGGCGAAGCACUGGUUUCACACACCGUGGAGCACAGCGUCCCUCCAGCCAUCGGACCGCCUGCAGGUCUGGAUGGCGUGAAACGGGAGCAGACUGAGUCGAACCAAGGUAUGACGCCAAGUACCUCGGUCAACUCUACCCUGAGCAACAACCCCGAUCUUUGGCGUUGCGACACAGAAGGCAGCAUCAGCAACAACACGAGCUCCAGCGACAUGGACGAUGAUGUUGAUCCCAGCAUCCCUCUGCCCCAUCAGCGCAACAGAAAUCACUCGCUGACCCUUUCUUGCGCUGCCAACCUCGACGAAGCCGAAAGCAAGGCUUUGAUGCUGUCUGGCACCAUUUCGACCUCGCCUUCGGCAGCGCAGCAGUGGAUGUGA